UUUAACACCCUUGUAACGAGUAUUUCUGCUUCGGCUUAUCUAUAGCCAGCUAAAAAGAACUUGGGUCCUUGAUAGGGAAUGCGGGUUAGUAGUCCAGCUCAGUUGUGCGCCGCCAAGCCUUUGACAGGGAAGCAGCCUCUGUGAACAAACACUUUCAGUACAGAACACAAUGGCUACCAUGCUACUGAAGUCAGUGCGUUGCUCCCCUGUCAGCUCUACCUGGGCUGUGCAGUUUGCUGCACGAUCCCUCGGUACGACAGCUCAGCUACAUGCUCAAGCUCAGGCAAAAAGCAAGAAGACACUGGCCCGCCCUGGCGUGAAGAACGUAGUGUUGGUCGAAGGAGUACGAACCCCUUUUCUAUUGUCUGGAACUACAUAUGCUGACCUCAUGCCUCAUGACUUGGCCAGGGCAGCUCUACAGGGUCUGCUGCACAAGACAGGUAUUCCUAAAGAUGCUGUGGACUACAUAAUCUACGGAACUGUAAUUCAGGAAGUCAAGACAAGCAAUGUAGCAAGAGAGGCUGCGCUGGGUGCAGGCUUCUCUGACAAGAUCCCAGCUCACACCGUCACCAUGGCCUGCAUCUCCUCCAACCAGGCAAUGACCUCGGCGGUUGGUCUAAUUGCUGCCGGCCAGUGUGACUCCGUCGUGGCAGGCGGAGUCGAGUUCAUGUCCGACGUUCCUAUCCGUCACAGCCGCAAGAUGAGGAAGACCAUGCUUUCGCUCAACAAGGCUAAGACCCUCGGCCAGAGGCUCGGCUUGAUUGGCAGCAUCCGCAUGGGGCACUUCGCACCAGAGCUUCCUGCUGUAGCCGAGUUCUCCACAGCGGAAACGAUGGGCCACAGCGCUGACCGUCUGGCUGCUGCAUUUGGAGUAUCCAGAGUGGAGCAGGAUGAGUUCGCUCUGCGAUCACACUCGCUGGCCAAAAAGGCCCAGGAUGAAGGUCUGCUGCAGGAUGUCAUCCCCUUUAAAGUGCCAGGCAGGGACAUUGUUUCCAAGGACAACGGUAUCCGUCCAUCCUCCAUGGAGCAGUUGGCCAAACUAAGACCAGCCUUCGUUAAACCUCACGGCACAGUCACCGCCGCCAACUCCUCCUUCCUGACCGACGGUGCCUCUGCUGUGCUAAUCAUGUCUGAAGAGAAAGCUCUAGCGAUGGGUUACAAGCCUAAGGCCUACCUGAGAGACUUUGUCUACGUGUCUCAGGAUCCUAAAGAUCAGCUGCUGCUCGGACCAACAUACGGUACACCCAAGGUUCUGGAACGUGCUGGUUUGACCAUGAAUGACAUCGAUGUGUUUGAGUUCCACGAGGCGUUUGCAGGUCAGAUAAUGGCAAAUCUGAAGGCUAUGGACUCUGACUGGUUCGCCCAGACAUACAUGGGCAGAAAAUCAAAGGUGGGUACUCCUCCUAUGGAGAAGUUCAACAACUGGGGAGGCUCUCUGUCUCUGGGUCAUCCGUUCGGUGCCACCGGCUGCAGACUGGUCACCACGGUCGCACACAGACUCCAGAAAGAUGGAGGACAGUACGGUUUGGUGGCGGCAUGUGCUGCAGGAGGACAGGGCCACGCCAUGGUGAUUGAAGCCUACCCGCAGUAAAACAUGGACAUUACCACCGCUUCAUCACGAGAACAACACACACCACUGGGUGUGUACAGUUUGCCUUGAUUAGACAGGAGUCAAUCUGCGUGUGUGUGUGUGUUUCCGAGAGAAAGAGCGAGCGAGAAGAACAUUGUGUGAAUGGCUGUUAAUUUAUAGCAGUGAAAUAUCAAGGGAAUGUUGCUGCCGUUGUUUGACGCACUUGCAGGAGCAUCAUGUCAACUCUUUGAGUCCAAUGUAACAUAGCAAAGUUUAAGGCCUUAAGAUUAACUGAAUUUAUGCCGUAUGUACAUGUUAGAAUAUUGUUUUUCUUACAAACUGUUGGAAUUAAAUGAGAUGAUACAGAGCAAAUA